AUGUUUGCUGCUGCUACUAAAAGUUUUGUGAAGCAGGUUGGUGAUGGAGAUCGAUUAGUUCCUGUCCGUAGCCUCAGUGAAGCUGAUAAAUAUCAACCUCUCAGUCUUGUUAUCAAAAAGAAAAACUGCUUUCUUUCUAAAAGAUCAAAAUUUACAUCAACACCAUUCAGCCUUAAGGACAUUCUUCAAGGAGAGAAAGAAAUUUCUUCAGGUAUUUCAUCAUACCAAUUACUAAAUUAUGAAGACAAAUCUGAUGUAGCCCUUAGCGGCAAGCAAGGAAAUCACAUCAUGAACUCUUCUGGGGUCAGUACUGCUGGGUCUGAUUCCCUUGCAGUGAAGGCUUCUUUCGGUAUUGUAACUAAGCAUGAAGUUGAGGUACCAACAUUGCUCAGAGAAUUAACUAAUAGAAAAGUGGAUUUUGAACACUGCCUUGUUCGUCAGUCACGAGAGAGUAGUAGAACGGUUCUCUGCGUGGUAAUGGAAAGUAUUAGAACCACUCGACAGUGUUCUCUCUCUGUCCAUGCUGGUAUGAGAGGUGACACAAUGAGAUUUCAUAUUAUCGAUGAACAUAAUUACAAAGGGUGUGACAAAGCAAUUGUCUUUCCUGCACAUACAACAAUUGCAUAUAGCAUAUUUGAGCUUUACAUUCGCCUGACUGGUAAUUUUGAACUUUGUGUUACUCCAGAAUCAAAAGGAGGAUUUGAAAAAGAACCAUCAAGAUCAUUUUCACUAACUAAAUUAAGGAAAAACCUGUUUCAUCGAAAUAAAAGGGUGAUGGAUAUCAUUGUCCACUCAGAUAAUUAUUUAGAUGACCUUUUUGCAGAUUAUUAUGAAAAAACAGGAAGCAUAACUGACAUUUCAACAAACUAUUUCCGAGAAGGAGCCCAUGUACGAGUGAAUUUGCUUAAUAACCACAUUCCUAAAGGUCGUUGUUCUUUAUGUGGUAUGGGGAGUUCCAAAAGGGAAACAGUUUAUGGUUGCCUUGAAUGUUCUUUUAAUGGACAAAAGUUUGUACGACUUCAUGCUGUGCCUUGUUUUGAUAUCUGGCACAAAAGAAUGAAGUAG